GAUACACUACCACACACACCCACCCACUUAUCCAGAUUUUCCCCCAAAAAUCUCACCGAACUCCAAACCCUAAAAUCCAAACCAGUGCCAUAGUUUGUGUUUGUGGUAUAACUUUGUAUUAUUUCUCUCAAAAAAUGCAAUUCCUUCCCCUGGGCAUAUUUCGAUCUUCAUUCAUAAAAAAUCAAUUAAAACACAAACGAAAUCAUUAAUCAGUUAAUCCCAUUCAAUUCCUUGUUUAAUUUCGAUCCAUAUUAUGUCAAGAAAAUCACAAUCUAAUCGUUCUAAAGCUUUACAAAAUUCAAUGUUUCUAGUGUUAAUCGAUCAAAUUACAACCUCAGAUCCUCUUCUUCUUCUUUAGUUGCUGAUUCGUUCAAUUCUGAUCAACUUGCACCGAUUUCUCCAUUAAAAUCGGUUGAAAACCCUAUUUCUUCAACACAACUGCCGCCUGCCGCCACUGAACCACCAUCGGCCGCCGCUUCUGGGUUGGCUGCCGGCCACUUCUUAAACACUCGUAGCGGUGACAGAUCUUCAAAGUUGUGUUAUAAUUUCCACUUCAGACUCAACCUGCAAAACCAGUGAAGGAACCGCUGUAUCAGGGAACUCCACCAGCAAAUUAUAGUGAGGCAAUGGAAUCUUGUCCAAAAUUGGACAUUCCCAACUUCAAAGAACUCCUUAAAGAAGAAAACUUGUACUUAACCACUGAGGAAGGAGAGCAAGGGCGUUUGCCUUUGCUCAUCUUGAGUAUGAAGGAAAGCAUACAAACGAAAAGACCAGCGGUUGUAUUUCUUCAUAGCACUAAUAAGUGCAAAGAGUGGCUUCGCCCUUUACUUGAGGCUUAUGCUUCACGUGGAUAUAUUGCAGUUGCUAUUGAUUCUCGUUAUCAUGGUGAACGUGCGAAAAAUCGUACCACCUAUGAAGAUGCUCUUGUUUCAUCAUGGAAAAAAGGUGAUACAAUGCCAUUCAUAUUUGACACGGUUUGGGACCUUAUAAAGCUGGCAGACUAUCUUAGCGGAAGAGAUGAUAUAAACCAUUCCAAGAUAGGCAUUACUGGUGAAUCACUUGGAGGAAUGCAUGCAUGGUUUGCUGCUUUUUAUGACACACGCUAUUCAGUGGUUGUCCCCAUCAUUGGUGUUCAGGGUUUUCGCUGGGCUAUAGAUAAUGAUAAAUGGCAGGCACGAGUUGAUAGUAUCAAGUCUGUGUUUGAAGAAGCACGGAUUGACAUAGGGAAGGCCGUCAUUGACAAAGAAGUAGUGGAAAAGGUUUGGGACAGGAUAGCUCCCGGUUUAGCAGGCGAGUUUGAUUCAAAUUAUACAGUUCCACUCAUUGCACCACGACCUCUCUUGAUUUUGAACGGUGCAGAAGAUCCUCGUUGCCCAAUGACAGGUCUGGAUUUGACCAUACCAAGAACACGUAAGGCUUUUGAAGAUGCCAAUUGUUCACAUAGCUUCAAGGUGAUAGCAGAACCAGGAAUCGGGCAUCAAAUGACAUCCUCAAUGGUUAAAGAAGCAAGCGAUUGGUUCGACAAGUUCUUCAAAUCAUAGAGAGAUCUCAUGUACCAAAAGGUUUAAUAGCAAAACCACUACUUUGUAUCAGUGUAUAUCACUGUACCCCUUGCCCAAAUGUUUUUCAUGUAUCAUAAUCUUGGGUGGCUUUACCUUUAUUGAGAUUUGAGACCCUUGGUUCUGUUCUUAUGAGAUAAUUUAAAACCAUGGUUCAAAAAAGAGGUAAUUUAUCGUUAA